AAAUCGAGGCCUUAAGUAACUCAAGAUUAGAAAAUAAUGUAGAGCAACUUGUAGUUGCCACAAUUGCCAGGUUAACGGGCCCGAACAACACCGCGAACCCCCCCGAAAUCAUAUGUUACGAAUGCAAAGGUAAAAAUCAUUUUGCCAAAGAUUGUAAGGCACCCGGUAAACAGGAAAGAAAACCUAGUAAUUCCAUGAAAUCGUUAGGUGGGGGGAGAUCGAGAAGUAAUUCCAGAGAUAGAUCCUUAGAACGCACGAAAAUAGGGCAGCCUAUAUGUCAGCUCUGCUCCUCUCCCGGUCAUAGCGCACUUUCGUGUGCAAAACUUCAAAUUUUCAAAAAUGGCGACCAUCCAAAAAACUAGACUUGCCGUACGGAGUUGUGAUGGACUCUCCAACUGCGUACACACAGGCGAAAAAAGAGUCAUCCUUUAAAGCAAAAGCGUACUUAUUGCAGGAUGUUCUUAUUUUACCCGGGGAACAAGUAACAGCCAUGGCACAAGUACCAAACUUUGAGAGAAGGGGCCAAAAUCUCUAUAACUUUGAGCCCUUCAUCAUAUCAGAUGUGAUGAUUAAGCCCGCGGCGGACUUGCGAUUUAUAAGCCGCACCAACUUCUACAUCACCCUGAUAAAUAAGCUUACAGCUCCGGUGAAGUUGGUAGCGCACGUCCCUGUGGGUCAUGUACUCAAGGUAAACCAACAACCGCCCAAAGAAUCAAAAUAUGAGAAUGAGACGAGCGAUCAGAAUACGAAAAACAUUAUAGAAACAACGCAAGCAAAUGUACUAAAAAAGGUACAAGCAAAUGAUGAGUUGCAAAAAAGACCAGUAAUUGUAGUAGGUGACACACGUGUGAAAUUGAUAAAACAUCUUUUGGAAAAAGAACUUGGCAACAUCGCGGAACUGCAAAUUGCAUAUAGCAGUGAUGCCAACUUGGGAAAAGCGUUGGAUUUACUUGAGUGCAUGGCCGACAAAAAAAAUAAGGAUACGAUCGCAAUAGUCAUCGCAGGGUCUAAUGAUUUCCAUGAACAUUAUGAGUCCCAAACAUACGCGACUAUUGUUAACAACCUCCCGUUAGGAAGGUUACGAGAUUUUAGUGAAAAAUUUCAUGUUUUGUAUACACCUAUUUUUCCCAGGUAUGACGUCAGGCGCAUAAAUGCCAAAAUUGAUCUGGUAAACGCAUCAAUCUUAGGACAAAUAGUAAAUUGUCCGAGAUUAAGUCGCAUUAAUAUUAACAAAGAAUUACUACCAUGUAAUACUUUUGAGCAGAAUGGAACAAAUCUCAAUGAAAAAGGUAAGCAAUUAGUGACAAAAGCGAUCGUGGAUGCAGUGCGAGCCAUUACACAAGGCGGCGGGGAAAUAGGAGUAGUAAAUGCAAUAGAAAAUGGUCAUUCAAGUAAACUAAAUUGUAGACGUCCACUGCAUGUAAAGGGCACAGUCAAUUUUAAGGAAAUUUCCUUUGUGUGCGAUACAGGCGCGGGGGUGAGCCUUUGUAGACCGGAACUAGUUAAUAAAGAUGACAUCAAGCCAGUACGAAAUUUCCAAUUAUUAACAGCCGCUAGUGAAGAAUUGCGUCCUUUAGGCGAAGCAAAACUAGAAUUUGAAUUAGAUGGCGAACCAUUUGUUCAGGAUGUUUUUGUCUCAGAUCAGCUUCCAGAGCCCAUAAUUCUGGGAGUUAAUUUCCUUGAGUUUUAUAACUGCUUAAUAGACUUUGAUCUACAAAGGCUUACUCUCCGCCGGAACGUAUCUCGCGAAAUUCACCUACAUUUUAAUCAAAAUAAUUCUUCUUCACAACAAAAAUCACUAAUAUUAAAUUCCGACGAUUAUGAAUCGACUGUAAUAAGUUUCUGCAAUAUAGCCAAUGCAACUUGUGUCCCUCCGCCUCCCCUUGCGAAAGUAAGGCACCCUGUAACAAUCAAAGGUAACCAAAUCGCCAAAGUACCCAUUUACUUUACGAAAAAUUUAACGUCACCUCUAAUAGCCCUAAAACAAAUAAAUAAAGGCAAAGUCAAAAAAAUUGACAUUUUGACUUCAACCUUUGAUCCCAAUAAAACAGAUGAAAUUCAAAUCAGAAACGACUCGCCACACUCUAUCAUUCUAUUUCAGGAUUCUACACUAGGUAAGGUUCAAGAAAAUUACAUUCCGCCUACCAGACAUGAAAACAUUCCAGCAGCACAUAUUAAAAAUUUAAAUUCACUGAAUAUUAAUCCAAAUUUAACACCUGAUGAGAGAAGAAAGGUGAUAGAAGGAAUAGCCGAUUAUCAUGAUGUAUUUUUAUGGGAUGAAUCAAAAUUUAAAGGAGGGAUGGCAAAUUACCCCCCGGUCUCCAUCCCUCUUACGUCAGAUAAAAUAGUGUAUAAACCUCCGUACCGACUUUCCACAAAAGAAGCGAUCUGGCUAGAAAAAGAGGUCCAAAACUUAAAAUCACAAAAUAUAUUAGAGGAUUCUGAUUCAAGCUACGGCUUCCCAGCAAUUUUAAUACCAAAAAAUGACACUUUUCGGCUAGUACAGGACUAUCGCUUAUUAAACGCGAUGGUCAG